AUGCAACCCCCAUGCACCAUUGCUUCAGAGCACGCUGCGGUUCAGUGGCGGUGGCUGCUGCUGUUGUGCAAGGAGGAAUGAGAGCGUCGUUCCCCAUGCUGGGUGGGGAGGAUGAGCGCCCAGCGGGACGUGGGGGGCUGCAAAGCAAAUGGGGUGGGUUUGGAGCUUGGCCCUAGCAAAUGGUGCAGCAAUUCGGCUGCUGGGCCUCCCAGGUUCCCCUUGCAGCCCUGCAGGAGAAAUGGAAGAAGUAUUGGGGCGUUCUGUACCGGGAAUCCUCCUGCUCCACCGCCCGCCUGGAGCUCUUCGAAAGCGCCGACAAACCGCGGAAGGGCGAGAGCAGCCGACGCCUGGUGAGGCUGAGCGACUGCGUGCACGUGGCCGAGGUGGGUGGGGAGGCGGGCUGCCCCCGCGCCACGGCCCCCUUCCUGCUGGAGACCACCGAGAAGCGGUACCUGCUGGCAGCAGAGGGCGGCGAGGUGGAGGAAUGGGUGAGGAGGCUGUGCCAGCUGGCGUUCCCGAGGAGCCAGGAGGAGCAGGCGGUGGGGAAGGACAGACAGCUGAGCUCCGACGGCGAGUUCUCCAUGGCUGAAAACUCCCUGUACAGCUCCCGGGGCAAAGGCGUGGAGCACGACUUCGAGGUGACGCUGAGGGCCACCGAGUCCUCGGAGCGCUGCCGCCUGCGGGGCCGCUUCGUGCUGCGGGCGGGCGAGGAAGCCUUGGAGCUGCGGGACGUGCAGAGCAGGGAUGUCCUUUACAGCUGGCCCUACCGCUUCCUGAGGCGCUUCGGGAGGGACAAGGUGACCUUCUCCUUCGAGGCCGGCCGGCGUUGCGCCUCUGGCGAAGGGAACUUUGAGUUCGAGACCAGACAAGGCAACGAGAUCUUCCAGGUGAUCGAAUCGGCCAUCGCUGUGCAGAAGGAACGGGGUGGCCCUGGGGAUGAGGGCACGCGGCCACGCCAACAAACCCAGCCCCCCGAGUGGGCCCAGGAGCACGAGGAGCACCGCGCCAAGAGCAUCUACACCGAACCCUGCGGCCCCCUGAUCCACACCAACCCCUCGGCCGUGCCCAAAGCUCCGGAGAAGGCCACGAGGAAGGAUGCUGUGGGUGAAUUGGAGUACGCCGUUCCCUUCGAUACCAUCGCCAAGUCGCUGAUGGUUGGGAAAUUCGGGAGCAUCCUCCAGGGUCCCGCUGAUGCUCCGGAUCCGCUGUAUGACAGCAUCCAAGAGACGGGCGGGCAUCCUCCGAUGCCUCGUCCCCGUGCUAAACUGGAGCACAUCUACGAUGAGCCUGAGGGUGUGUGCACCCACACUGUCUACGAUGAACCCGAGGAGGUGAAGGGCGAAGCGUGGAGGCUGCAGGCUGCCCCCGAGGAGCCUUUGGGGCACGAAUAUCCCUACAACCCACAGCGGGAUGACUACGCCGUGCCCAAGAGAACCGUCCCACCGCGGCAGGGCAAGGAGUGGCUCGGGGACACCGAGUACGACAACGUGGUCUUCCAGUUGGCCAAGAAGAGGAACAAACAGUGAGAGGGGGCGGGGUGCUCGGCCCCAUCGCCAGCGGUGCACAUCUGGACAGCUGCGGCCGCUGGAGGGCACUGCGCGCCCGCGCUGUGGGGUCGGCACCGCCGGACUCGGGAGCGGAGCACUGUGCGCCCCAGAGCCUGGCUAAGCGCGGUCCCAAAGGGUGCACGCCCCACACCAGAAAGGUGGAGUGGGGAAGCACGGGCCCAGGGGUGCACAUGCCUCACUGUAAGAGCUGGGCGGUGGUGAACAUUGCAGGGAUGCACAUCCCACACCGUAAGGGCUGGAUGCUGAUGCACAUCGCAGGGAUGCACAUCCCACACCGUAAGGGCUGGAUGCUGAUGCACAUCCCAGGGAUGCACAUCCCACACCUUAAGGGCUGGAUGCUGAUGCACAUCCCAGGGAUGCACAUCCCUCACUCCAAGGGCUGAGUGCUGUUGAACGUCCCAGGGAUGCACAUCCUGCGCCAUCAGGACCAGCCGGCAAAGCACAGCCUCAAGCACACGCAUCCCACGCCGUAGUGGCAGCAGUGCACAGCUCUGAGGUUGCACACUGCGCACCAUAAGGGCUGGCUUGCAGGCCUUGCACGCUCCAGGGAUGCACAUUGCACACCUUACACGGCGCUCUGUCGGUCCCCAAGCAGAGCUGCCAUGUCCCUGUGCUGGGGAACGUUCCCCAUCACCCCACAGCUCUUCCACCCAAGGCAAAGCAAAAGCCAUGAAUUAUUUAUGCUCUCUCUCAAUCAAAUAAAUGGUUAGGUGCUUGAGUUAA